UAAAGAAAAACGCCCAUGGGCCAAGCCCACGGACCUUUUUAUUUUUUUUAUUCCACAUCCCUCACGAGCCAACUCGAAGCUUACAACCAGCAAUGGGUUCGCUAGAGGCACCGUCGACUGCGGAAAACAACGGCUCCACAACUCCAGCCCCUACCUCUAACGGCGGAGACCAAAAGCCCUCUGUCUCCGCCAACGGAGUGUCACCCCCUCCAACCGUGAUGGCUCAGGAAUCAGAAGCAUCGAGGAAGCGGAGGGCGAGUAUGUUACCACUGGAGGUCGGUACUCGCGUCAUGUGCCGUUGGAGGGACGGCAAGUACCACCCUGUUAAGGUCAUUGAGCGCCGUAAGACGAACUACGGUGGCCCCAACGAUUACGAGUACUAUGUUCAUUAUACCGAGUUUAAUCGGAGGCUUGAUGAAUGGGUUAAGCUUGAACAACUUGAUCUUGAUUCAGUAGAAACAGUUGUUGAUGAGAAGGUGGAAGACAAGGUUACAAGUUUGAAAAUGACACGCCAUCAAAAACGAAAGAUUGAUGAGACACAUGUGGAGGGUCAUGAGGAGCUUGAUGCUGCCAGUUUGCGUGAACAUGAAGAAUUCACAAAAGUGAAAAACAUUGCAACUAUAGAACUUGGAAGAUACGAGAUUGAGACAUGGUACUUUUCCCCUUUUCCACCAGAAUACAAUGACUCUUUGAAGCUGUACUUUUGUGAGUUCUGUCUCAAUUUCAUGAAGCGCAAAGAACAGCUUCAAAGGCACAUGAGGAAGUGUGAUCUUAAGCAUCCCCCUGGUGAUGAGAUAUACCGAAGUGGUACACUAUCCAUGUUUGAGGUUGAUGGGAAAAAGAACAAAGUUUAUGGGCAGAAUCUUUGUUAUUUGGCUAAGUUAUUUCUUGACCACAAGACACUUUACUAUGAUGUUGACCUGUUUCUAUUCUACGUGUUGUGUGAAUGCGAUGAUCGGGGGUGCCACAUGGUUGGAUAUUUUUCCAAGGAAAAACAUUCAGAGGAAUCCUAUAAUUUGGCAUGCAUCCUCACCCUUCCACCUUAUCAAAGGAAGGGCUAUGGCAAAUUUUUGAUUGCUUUCUCAUAUGAACUCUCCAAGAAAGAAGGGAAAGUUGGCACCCCGGAAAGACCUCUUUCUGACCUUGGGUUGUUAAGUUAUAGAGGAUACUGGACCCGCGUCCUUCUAGACAUCUUGAAAAAGCACAAAGGGAAUAUUUCUAUCAAGGAGCUCAGCGACAUGACAGCUAUCAAGGCAGAAGAUAUUUUGACUACCCUACAGAGCUUAGAAUUAAUUCAGUACAGGAAAGGGCAGCAUGUCAUCUGUGCAGAUCCUAAGGUCCUGGAUCGGCAUCUGAAAGCUGCUGGUCGUGGUGGUCUUGAUGUUGAUGUUAGCAAAUUGAUCUGGACUCCUUAUAAAGAGCAGGGUUGAUUGUUGCAUCAAAUAAUCUCUAUGUUAGUUUUCACCUUUGCUUGUAUAAAUAUAGAUUUUAGUCGAUGAAAUUAUCAUUACAUUAGAUCAUGGCUUGAAAUUCUCGUUGAAUAUACUUUGAUUGUUCUA